UGGCGGCAUCUCAUUAGUUGCUGGAAAUUAAAAUUUGCAAGAUUGUCUGUGGAAUUUUCCUUAUCUAUUAGUCUGAAAAUGGUGUUAAAAAUUUGCUGUAUUGGUGCUGGUUAUGUAGGAGGGCCAACUUGUAGUGUCAUUGCAUUGAAAUGCCCUGAUAUUAAAGUAGUUGUUACGGAUAAAAGUGAAAGUAGAAUACAAGCUUGGAAUUCUGACAGACUCCCUGUUUAUGAGCCAGGUUUAGAUGAAGUCGUCAAGCAGUGCCGAGGUCGUAAUUUGUUUUUCACAACCGAUGUUGAUACUGCAAUUAAAGAAGCCGAUUUGAUUUUUAUCUCUGUCAAUACUCCGACUAAAACUUUUGGUUUUGGGAAGGGGAGAGCAGCGGAUUUGCGUUAUAUAGAAGCAGCUGGUAGACGUAUUGCUGAAGUAGCCAAGAGUAGCAAAAUUGUUGUUGAAAAGAGUACUGUGCCAGUUCGAGCAGCAGAAAGCAUAAAUAAUAUUCUCAAAGCAAACACAAAACCAGGCGUUUCCUUCCAAGUUUUAUCAAAUCCAGAGUUUUUAGCAGAAGGAUCUGCCAUCAAUGAUUUGCUCCAUCCAGAUCGCAUUCUUAUUGGUGGUGAACAGACAGAGGAGGGAAGAGAAGCAGUUCAAAAAUUGUGUUGUAUUUACAAGCAUUGGAUUCCCGAAGAAAAGAUUUUGACCAUGAACACAUGGUCUUCUGAGUUAACAAAGCUGGCUGCUAAUGCUUUCUUAGCUCAAAGAAUAUCUGCUAUAAAUUCAAUUUCUGCAAUAUGCGAAGCUACUGGAGCAGACAUCACUGAAGUUGCGCAUGGAAUAGGUACUGACAGUAGGAUAGGACCAAAGUUCCUUACUGCAAGUGUUGGUUUUGGAGGGAGCUGCUUCCAAAAAGAUGUUUUAAACAUUGUCUACUUAUCUGAAUGCCUUAAUUUACCAGCUGUGGCAGCAUUUUGGCAUCAGGUUAUUGAAAUGAAUAACUUCCAAAGAACUAGAUUUGCUCGUAGAAUAACCGAAAAAUUGUUCAAUACAGUGGCCGGGAAAAACAUUGCUGUGUUUGGUUUUGCAUUUAAAAAAGAUACUGGAGAUACAAGGGAGUCCCCAGCUAUUUAUAUUUGCAAGCAUUUAUUGGAAGAAGGUGCAAAUUUACAUGUGUAUGAUCCUAAAGUGCCAGAACAGCAGAUUAGGAUUGAUUUAACCUAUUCUGAAGGAAUUGAAGAUUGUUUUAAAGUGGAUCAGCAGGUGACAGUAUGUACUGAUCCAUACAGUGCAGCUGUUAAUACUCAUGCAAUUGUACUUUGUACAGAAUGGGAUGAAUUUCUGGGAUUAGAUUACAAAAAAAUAUAUGACAGCAUGUUUAAACCAGCAUUUCUAUUUGAUGGAAGAAAAAUGCUUUCUAUUGAAAACCUUCAGAAAAUUGGAUUUCAUGUGGAAACAAUAGGAGUGAAAACUAGUCGAAUACAAAACAGAAAUGUAGCAGAUGCGUAACAUAGUUAAAUUUUGAUCAAUCACUUUCAACAACAGUGCCUUAAACACUUCCUUAGUGCAACAUUUUACUUGGUGUAAGGAUGGAUGUUGGUGUGGAUUUAGGGUUAUGGUGGUUACUUAAAUUUUUAAAAUCAUUCAUUUGUGGUUUCUCUUUGCAUGGGGUUUUGUUUGAAUAUUGUGAAGAAAAGUUCUUUAGGAAUUGUUCUGAUCAAAAAUGAAUUUUUGAAAUUAUAUUAAAAUGUUACAUUUUUUUAAUAAGUUAACUAGAGCUUAUCCAAGCUGAAUGUCUUACCAGAGCAAAGUUUUGAGGCAAUAUUAGUUGUUUAAAUAAGGCAUUUACUUAUCAACUUAAUAUUGCUAUUAGCAAGUAAACUUUGAAGUUAAACAAAAACUCCCCACUUUCGCUUAGUUGAAUGAGUAAUUGAGAAGUAAGACUAAAUAUUACUUCAUUUUCUUUGCAGUAUUUCUUUAAUUUUAUGCUAUAAAAAUGUUCCUAUUUAUGUUAUCCUUUUUUACUGAAUACUUGUCAAUCAAGUUUCCUAUUAAAAAAACUUGAUUUAUCUUGUUUUGUUUGUGUGAUAAAUUUUAGCCAUAUUGUUCCAACCAGAGGCGCCCACAUUUGAGGUCAUUUGACCUUCCAAAAAACAUCUUUAUUCGGCAAUUUUUGUCUGAUGAUUCAGAAAGCAGAUUCCGAGUCAUUAUUACAAUAUUACAAUUUUUUCUUUAACUCCUCAUGUCUCUUGCUAUGUGUGCAUGCUCGUAUAUUAUAACCUUUAGCAAAAGUCGGACUUACAUUAUGUACACAGAGAAUUUCCCCCAGCCAAAAAGGUAAAGUUGGAGGCGCCUUUGGUUCUAACUAAUUUUCCAGUUGUUAUAAGAAAUUGUUGAUUUUAUUUUUAAAUAACUGCAUUUCAACCUUUUUAUGUAAAUUUAAUAUUAAUUUUAUACAAUGCUAAGACAAAUGUCACAACAAAAUGAGUAACAUUUUUAAAAGUAAUUUUGCAAUGGGUAAAUAAUGUUAGAUGACCUGCAUAAGUGCCAAAAUUUUAAAUGCUCACUAAGCUAGGUUUCACUGGAGUAGUUUUAAUUAAAAAUAAUAAUAAGAAGAAUAAUGUCUAAUUUUACCACUACACAAAAAAAUGCAGAAACUCGCAUAAAAAAUUUAAAUUAAAUGAUAUAACAGUAAUAAUUAAAAGCUUUGUUAAAAUUUGUGUUUUCAUGAAAAUAUCAACCAGUUUGGAACAAGAUCUGAUGUAAAAAGAGUUCAUUGUCUUGACACGAAAUUUUCUGACCUAAGUCACGACAUUAGAUGAAUUCUUUGAACAAAAUUAAAGA